ACGGGCGGGGAAGAAAGAGAGGAAGCUUUGUCGCCGCCAUUUCGCGUACUGGUAUAGCACGGAUCUAGUUGCGCACAUGUGCGCGGUUCAAACUUAACUUCGGAUUUGAGUCUCACUAGGAUUCCAGAACCACCGUCGACUUGUUAUUUUAUAGCUAAAAGUAUUUUUUUUGUUAGUGGAGGUCGGUUGGUUCUGCACAGAAAAUGAGUUAUGGUAGGCCGCCGCCAGACGUGGAGGGGAUGACCUCCCUCAAAGUGGACAACCUGACAUACCGGACCUCGCCGGAGACGCUCCGCCGCGUAUUCGAGAAGUACGGCCGGGUCGGCGAUGUGUACAUCCCGCGGGACAGGUACACUAAAGAGAGCCGCGGCUUCGCCUUCGUGCGCUUCUUCGACAAGCGUGACGCCGAGGACGCGAUGGACGCCAUGGAUGGAGCCCUCCUCGACGGCCGCGAGCUCCGCGUGCAGAUGGCCCGCUACGGCCGUCCGCCAGACUCUAUGUACAGCCGGAGAGGAGCUCCACAGCGACGACGUUCAGCGAGCCCCCGUCGCCGCAGACGCAGCCGUUCCAGGAGCCGUUCCCGAUCCAGGAGUCGUCGUCGUUACUCCCGUUCCAGGUCCCGGUCCUACUCCAGAUCCAGGUCCCGCUCCAAGUCUAAAUCCAAGUCCAGGACCCCAAGGCGUAGCAAGUCCAAGUCCCCCUCCAGGUCAAAGAGCCAAACCCCUGCCUCCAACCGCGGUUCCAGAUCCAGGUCCAAGUCCAAGAGCCGACCCAAGUCUCCAGAGGACAACGGGACGGAGCCUUAGCGCCAAACUGGAUGCGACGUGAUGGUAUAUAGUGAGAUGGGUUGAAUGUCAUGAAUACAUGCGUGAUUAGAUGUUUAGUAUUCUGCUCUCUUAAGGUUGCACUUUCAAAUUUUAUACAAGCAACCAAGUCAGCAGAAUUAUGUCUAAUUCAAAACUACAACAAACAUACAAUUUGGCUCUAGCGUGCGCGUUGUCACAGUGAUCCCAAACACACGCUUAAGAGGGAUUGAAUUUGGCUCGUAUGAGUAAAUAUGGGUGUGCUUCACUCCAAACGUUCACUUAAUGUGAAAUUCUUUCCUCCAAGCUGCUGAGUCCUGUUUGCAAAGAGAGGAGGAGCAGGAGAUGGGGGUGUGGCAGUGUGAGAGCAGUUAUAGUGUGUGAGCUGGCCAUGUCACCUGCCCAUUGCUGGGGGGGGCCACGGCGGUUGCUCGGGAGCAGGUCACCCAGGCAGCGCCUGGUUGUUCAGGAGCAGGUCGUCAUGGCGGCGCUGCAGGCCUGUCAGUUGGUGUUUGAGGCGGUGUGGUGAGGUACGUUCGCGGGGAACGGGGGCGGACCCUCCACCCGCCGCCUGCGCUUUGCCCUCCUGCCUUUCGACCCAAAGGUUUGUUUGAAAGUAAUGCCCCCGGUACCAGUCCUGUGUAGAGCUAGUCUUUGGGGAUGUGGUACCACGGAAGGUGCGUAAACAUACAUGAGGUGUAUUCGUAGAAUGUCAAUGCACGGGUCGGGAGUUACGAUGGGGUCUCUUUAGAUUUCCUUUCUAACUCUGUUCUAUCUUUUCUUGCAGAUCUCUCGGAUGUCAGCUACUUUUUGUUGAGGACGUCAGGAUGAGUCUCGCCAUGCACAAGGGGACUCCACUUUUGCCACUGAAAGAUAAUUGAAAGGUUAUUUGGAACUUUGUCUAAACAUUUUCAAAAUAGUUCAUUUUACUUGCGCAACCUAUAUAAAUGUCAUGUUGGUUGUCUGCAAAGUUGAGCAUCUCAAAAUAAAUGUGUGUUUUUGUUCCCUCUUAUAGCUGGUUUUAUUUUUGAAUUUAUACUCUCCAAUAAACCUUUUUGGAGUUAAUUUCUGUAAUGAAGACCUUGUCAUCUUCUCUUGGCAGGAGGUUGUCAAUUAAAAAUAUUGGUUUGUUACCCCACUCAAUUGGACAGAUAUGUAUCAUAUGUAAUCAAUGGGUUUUCAUUUUUCUUGAUGACAUUUUGUUCUCCUGUCAACUCUUGCUGUCUGGUUAAGGUUGCUUCCUAUGACUCUAACCCUCUUUCUUGUGUAUCUUUUGUGCACUAGGCGCAGUUGUGUAGCAGUUGAGUAAUGCUGGUUAGCUGUUAAGAUGCGGUGCAGUGCAGUGGUGACAUGGUGUGGCGUGUUGCGGUGCUGAGUGCCCGGUCACUGUUCCGGGGCGCUCGACCCUCCGCUGCUGUUUGCCGGUUUGUAAGGUCACAGUUGUUGCAGAUCACCUUCCGUCCCCGUGUCCUUGUUGAUUCCCACCCUCUUCACCCCCCUCCAUGUCUGGUUCAUCACUUGCUUUUUUUAGGGGGUGUGGGUCCAGUGGGGCUCACAUUUGAAGGGUUUACUAUUAAGAAAAACAGUGGGGGCUGCUGCACCCCCUUCAUUAAUUUUUUUGUGCUACGCAUUCCCCGUUAACCUCUGUUUUUGUGCAUUUUCUUUAGGUGAAUGCUAAUAAAUGUAAUUGAAAGUA